UUAUUGGUCGCUGCGUCUCCUCCCCCCGCCCCACUCGCGGCAAAAAGCUGCCAGUUGCCGGCUGAGGUUCGCCCCCCCCCCCAUUUUUAGAACUUAGAAGCGAUCGGCGCGACGAAUCCUUGGGUUUUUCUUUUUCUUUUCAAAUUUCUAAUCGCGAUUGUGUGAGAUCUGGAUCUGAGUUGGGGCUAGGGCGAGGAGCAAGGAGAGAGAAGCAGAUUAUUGUAUUAUAAUAAAAAUAAUAUUAUUAUUAUUACUAUUUUCUUUUGGGGGCGUUGUUGUGGGUGGGGAGAGAAAGAGGGGGGUUGGGGGAGGAUUUGGAAUUGGAGAUGGCGGCGUUCGGCGGGACGACGCAGAAGUGCAAGGUGUGCGAGAAGACGGUGUAUCUGAUGGAUCAGCUGAACGCCGACGGCGUCGCCUACCACAAAUCCUGCUUCAAAUGCAACCACUGCAAAGGAACCCUCCAGCUUAGCAAUUAUUCAUCUAUUGAAGGUGUUCUGUAUUGCAAGCCUCAUUUUGAGCAACUCUUCAAGGAGACAGGCAGCUACAACAAGAGCUUUCAGUCACCUGCAAAGUCAGCCGAGAAGAUAACACCCGAACUGACUAGGUCUCCGAGCAAAGCUGCUGGCAUGUUCUCAGGAACGCAAGAAAAAUGUGCUACUUGUGGCAAAACAGCAUAUCCUCUUGAGAAGGUGACUGUUGAAGGGCAAUCUUAUCACAAGUCGUGUUUCAAAUGCUCCCAUGGAGGCUGCCCCAUCUCUCCUUCUAAUUAUGCAGCUCUGGAAGGAAUCCUCUACUGUAAGCACCACUUCUCGCAGCUUUUCAAGGAGAAGGGAAGUUACAAUCACCUCAUCAAGUGUGCUUCCAUGAAGCGCACUGCACCAGCACCUGUCCCUGAUGUCUGAUCGGAUUGUGCCCAUCAAACUCAAUUUCUGUGCAAGUUUAUACCAAUUGACCGUAGCAUUGUUUUGUUUUUAAAUGUUUCUACUCUUGCUGCUGGUUCUGGCUGUUAAGCAAUCACACAGCCUGAAUCUCGUUGGGUUUGUUCGCUCCUUGCUUGGUCGUUGUUGUGGUUGUGGUUGUGGAACACCUUUUUAACUCUAUUUAAGUUAAACUGUCGAAUUUAUAUCUACCAUGUCUUUACCAGGGGAA